AUGGUCAACUCGGCCGAUAAUAUGACAUGCAUCCUACCGCGGCGAUGGCUGCUGCUCCUCCCCACCCCGAUAAAAGCCCACUCGCGGCCCUCGCCAGACAAUGACCCUUUGACACCUCUGCUGCUCGAAAAGGGUUUACUUUUGUCUCCUGCAUCACACGACGACGAGAUGGGCUGCGCUACGCAAUUCACAAAAAAGACGCUGCCCAUGGCUUUGGCUCUGCCGUGGGUGGCUAGCAUGCUCAUGUCUUGGAUCCCCUUUACCAAGAUUGGCUUGUCUGAAGCGCCCACGUUUCUCACCCUCGCCGCUGGCGUCAGCACUCUGGAGGUUCUCAGCAUCAUCGCCGUCUUCAUCUACACCUCUCUCUCCCCAGCCGCCCUCAACGCCGAGCCCGUCGAAAACGGUCGCUCCAGCACACUGCAGGAAAAGUUCCUCCGCGCAUGGUUCUGGUUCCUCUUUGUCAGCCCUCUCGUCUCGAGCAUUGUCGUGGUGUUGAUGGCUAGCGACAUUUCUUGCGACGAGGAUGAGAUCUUGGAUGUGCACCAACCCAUCUGCAAGGUCGGAAUUCGACUGAUCAAGGCUACUGCCCUUUUCCGAGCUGCAAUUAUCGCCAUCUUCCUGUUUGCCAUGUCUUCGUGGCUGGAUUCAAAAUCACCCAAAUCUAUUGAACUUAAGAGCCCAAGGAAACCAUCCAACGAUACCCCCCGAGAGAGCUGA